AUGGAAAGUCAGCUUAUGCCCAAUGGUGAGGGAAGCUCGGAGCCUCAGCAGUAUGGCAUGGUGCCUUGGCUCGCACUCAUGCAGAAACACAUGGAUAGCUUUGCAAGGCCGUCGAAUGAUAAUACGGAAGAGAAAAUCCUACAGUGGUUACGGAGUCUAAAUGAUUUGGGACUGAUGCAAGCAAAUUUUCUUCCACAAGAAGAGCAGAGGGAAGAAGAACCUUCGUCUACUGAACCGACUGCCAUAAGAGCAUUAGCUACAUUUCUACCACUCCUUCCCCAAUCGACCAGCUCCCCAAGGCCUGACUUACAGGAGAACAUCGGCGAAGGUCUGUCAUCAGCAGCACCGAGUCAAGGUGAAAGUCCACUUGAGACUCAAGUUAAAAACUCAUCCCCAUUUUUUCAACCAUUGACCCUCGAUUCCAUCUCAAAGUUAAGCCAGCAAAUUGUACAGCCACUAAUGCAGCAACAAAUGCCUUUACAGAGUACGCCUUCCCACCUUCAAAUGCAGCCUACUGUACUUACGGACAACAUUCUCCGAAAAUGUCUUAGAGCCAAUGGAAGUGUUUUAAAUUCAGCAACUAUUUUCAUACCGGUAGGAAAGCAACAACCUCAGAAAAGCGUGGUGGAGUCUGAAGCACAACGACAAGGCAGACGCAGGGUUCUUUUUACAGCUCACCAAAUUAAUGAGAUGCUUACAAGAUUUAAAAAGCAACGUUACAUCAGUGCAGAGGAACGCGAAGAAUUGGCGUAUCAAAUUGGUUUAACCCCAACUCAGGUUAAGAUCUGGUUCCAGAACCAUCGCUAUAAGACGAAGAGGUCCGGAGAAUACGUUCCUAGCAAUGAGGAUCCUGCUACACAGGCAAAGAUUCGAGCUGUUGGGGAAGAUGUCCCAUCAACUAGCGCAUCGGAAACCUCUCACAACGAGAGUCUGAGCAAUUCAGAGACCUCUCACCUACAACAGCAGUCUGCACAAGCAUCGGUAACUUCGACAUCGCUGACAUUGGAAGUUUCUGCAGAUCAGAUGCAAGAUACUUCAGGGCAGAGGGUUAUAUUUCAAGCUCUGGCCGACUUUCUUCAAAAUCAAUUCGACCAUACAGCAGCACAAAAGCAGUCAGAUGAGGAGGACUCGGGGGAGAGCAAAAGGGUGGCGCAGACAAAAGAAAUAGUUCGUCUCCUCCGCGAAGCCUCC